CAUAACUCAUAAGCCACCUAAUUUUUCGAAACAGUGUACAAUCUGUUACACACUUUGCUAUCUUGUAUUAGAAUUCACCCUUCAUCUCCAAUUCUCUGAAUUUUCAAUCUCCAAUCAAGUAAGAAUGACAGAAUCACCAUUUUUUCCAAGAGAAAAGCUAUUUGAGAAGCAAAAGUAUUUCCAAAACAUGCGCAGACACACUCAUCUUAAAGGACCCUAUGACAAGAUCACCUCAGUCGCCAUUCCACUUGCUUUGGCUGGUUCAUGCAUUUUCUUGAUUGCAAGGGGAAUUUAUAACAUGUCCCAUGGAGUUGGGAAGAAGGCAUGAGUGUGGCAACCCUAUUCGGUUGGUAUACUUUAAAUUUAAGAAAUAAGAAUUUACUUUGGAAGAUAGUCCCCAAUUCAUGAAGAAUGAAGAACAGAAAUAGGCAAAUGCCCAUUUAAUAGUUUUCUAUGCACUGAAAUAAGAUCCUUAGUUUGCAAAAUUUUGAUCAACCCAUCAGGAAUUGCUUUAAAAAUGUUGUUUCUUUGUGAUGCUACAUUUUUUUUCUUUUGGACUCCCUUUUCUAAAAGAUAGUUUGAGCCUUCUCUUUUUUUUUUUUAGUUCUGAUCUCUAGAACUUAUAGGUUUUGGCAUUUGAAAUGAGCAAAAAGGUAGUUGCACUAUUGCAUUA